AAAAUAAUAAACUCGAUGAAAAUUCCAGUUUUUAUUACAGCCAUUGUAUUUGGAUGUAUCCACAGCUAUUACAUAUAUACGUUAUUUGAAAAUGAUCGGCAUUUUUCUCAUUUAUCAAAUCUGGAAAGAGAAUUGUCAUUUAGAAGUGAAAUGGGUCUUUAUUAUUCUUAUUACAAACAAUUGGUACAUGCACCUUCAUAUAAUGUUGGUCUCAAACUACUUUUAAAUGAUAAAUUAACUGAAUAUCCGAACAAAAUUAAUAUUAUCAAAAAAUUUAAUAUAUAUCCAGAAGUUAUUUCGGCUUUGCUAUAUCGAAUAUUCAAUCAUACCAUCAACAAUUAUUUUAAUACCAACCUUAUAGAGUGCUGGGCUAUAUCUCGCGGCCAACACGCAUCGGUGGAAAGUUGCGUGGGUUUUGGUGAGCCCAUCUAUUUUUACGUUUAUACCGUAUGCGGGAUGGUUGCCAUAACUACAUUUUCCUUAUUCUUAUGCGGAUAUUUACUCAGCGAUUCUUUCAUUGGUAGCAUAAUGGUCGUGUGCGCCUUUUUUUACAAUCAUUCCGAAGCAACAAGGGUUAUGUGGACCAUACCUCUAAGGGAAAGCUUUGGGUAUCCUUUGUUUAUCUUGCAGAGUUUACUCGUCACCCAAGUUUUAAAAACUAGAGAUAAAGCUAUUUCCAAGCGGAAGCCAUUAUUUCUGAUGACAACUCUUUCGACUUUCGCUUUUCUCCUCACAUGGCAAUUUGGUCCUUUUAUCCUUUUUACACAAGUAUCCAGUCUAUUCGCGCUGAACAUCGUAUGCGCUAACAAAUAUCGUAACUUGAACUCGACUUUAUAUGGGCUAGUGGUUGUUCAUUUCGCUUCUUUGUUACUCGCCUGGAUCUUCUUAUUUUUCAAUAACGCAAUAAUUACAUCCUUAUACCUUUGUGCCAUUAUCUCAAUGUUGAUAUGCCUAUUUUGCCAAAAUUGUUUUACUGACCACAAGGAAAGUAGUCUACCAGGUGCAAAACAUAUUCCUCAAUCAUUGGUGCAAAUGAUCGGCCGCAUGAUUAUUUUCGGUUUGGUCUAUUGUGCGAUAGUUAUUAUCAUCAAAUACUCACUAAACUUUACAUUCAGAUACAAAGACGACAGUCAUGUAUACGAAAUUUUGAAAGGGAAAUUUUCGAAUUAUAAAAAUUUUCACACCAUGCUCUAUACUUGCAGCGCAGAAUUUGAUUUCCUCUCAAAACAAACCUAUAUCAAUCUUACUCGAACCGCUUUGUUACCCGCAAGCUUAGUUGCUGCAUUUCUAAGUUUGAUACAAUGCUUUACUGUUAGCAGUUACAAUAAAGGUGACGAAUCAUCAACUCCCAAACAAACAUCUAAUAAAAACUUAAAAAGCAAAUUAGAGCAACUUCUUAUUGCGCAAGCAGAUCUUCAUUUUUAUCCAGAGGUUUAUUUUACAAGUUUCCAGGCCAUCAUAUUUCUUUGCUUGGCUUCCAUUAUCAUGAGAUUAAAACUAUUGGCCACCCCACAUCUAUGUCUCCUAUCAUCCGUUUUAGCUAAUCAUCAAUUACUAAUAGAUUUAUUACCGAAAAAAAUCAAACGCUCAAUGUUGACCAAGUUCUUCAUAAAGUCUGCCGCGAUCGCUUUGUUAGCUAUCAUGAGUUUGGAAGGGAUCAAAAAUAUUCAUAAGGAGCAGUCUCAUUUGGGCGAAUACAUUAAUCUUCCACAAGAGGAAAUGAUUAACUGGAUCGUUAGAAAUACUGCUGAAGACAAAGCCUUCGCGGGACCAAUGUCUGUUAUGGCUAAUAUCAAAUUAUCCGCUGAUCGACCUAUAAUUAAUAACCCUUUUUACGAAGAUACUAAUAUGAGGAAAAUUACCAAAGGAAUUUACACGUUGUAUAGUCGUAAACCUUUGAAAGUGGUACAUGCUCUACUACAAAAUAUGUCGGCGUACUAUGCUGUGGUAGAAGAUAAUUGGUGCUUCUAUCAGAGUAGUGACGAAUGCACCCUGCCUUCUAUAUGGGACCUAGAGGAUGUGAAAAAUAGACGCCGGGAACCAGCCUGCAUUCUUUUACGGACAAAGAAUCACGAUAGUAAAUACUUUGAAACUGUCUUUGAAAAUCGAGAGUGUACUAUAGUGAGAGUUAAGCGCUUGAAGAAACUACCGAAUAUUACGUAAAGAGUAGCCAAUCAAAACUGUGUUCAUUAUAGAUUUCAGUGAUAAUAAAUUCAAGUCAAAAUUAUUAAUAUGCAAUUAUAUUUAGGGACAGAUUAUCUGAAUAUUCUUAAAAACAUUUAAUAUAUUCACGACUGAUUAUUAUUCAUAUUCGAUAAUAUAUUUCUAAUAUUUGUAUUUAUAUAUCUAUUUUUACCAAAUUUUUAAUAUUUAUAAAAAAUUUAAAAGAUUUAAUUAACAUAGAUUUUUUAUAUAUUUAUUAUAAA